ACAAUCAAAGGUCAUACGUUAUUAGGUUGGAGAAUCUGCCUAUACAACAUCAGAUGCAGAUUAUUGCGGACAGAAUCUCGACUUCAGAAAGUAUUUUUGAAUAACGAUUCUUUAAAGAUAACUUUAUAUAUUGGUCAGUGAAACUCUAUACUAGUUUUGAUAUUACAAGAAUGAGUGAUACCCAGGUUCGUGUGAUUCUUUGGAGUAUACCCCGCACUGUCUCCACUGCCUUUGUAAAAUGCAUGAGUAAUCUAGAUGAUGUGCAAAUUAUACAAGAACCAUUUGAGUGCGCAUUUAAAGUGGGCCCAGAAAGUAAACGACAUUUUCGUGAACAUUUCGUCGCUAAAAGUGAUAAGAUAAAGUUGGAAUGCGAUUCUGGUUGUUGGGAUGCAGACAAGGCCACUUACCAGUUUGUGAAAGAAAAUAUUCUGGAGGCAAAUUAUCCAGGUAAGAAAGUGGUGUUUGUUAAAGACUUUUCAUACGCUAUCACCUGGAAGAUAAAUAUGUUGCCGAAGGGAUAUCGCCACGCAUUCUUGAUUCGAAAUCCUGCCAAAACAUUUGCAUCUUGGAAGAAACUGCUUGUCGCAUAUAAUGAUGCAUUGUCUCUUGGUACAAACCUAAUGGAGAACAAUGGUGCCAGCAUUCCUGAGAAAUACGGAUUUGGAGAAAGUUUCGAACUUUACGAGCAUCUCGUAAGAACAGGAAUCGAACCAAACCCCGUCAUUAUUGAUUCCGAUGAUCUUCUAGAAAAUCCGGAGUCAAUUUUGAGGCAGUUUUGUGACGGCAUAGGAAUUGAGUAUACAGAUAAACUGAUGAGUUGGAAUGCUGGAGAUGGUAUAGUACAGGAAUGGAAGAUACCGAAGGUGUUUUUACAAGGACACGAAUUAAUUGGCUAUUAUGAAAAAGCAUUUUCUAGCCAGAAAUUUGUUAAGCCUAAUCCAGCGCCAGAUCGAGCUGACUUGCCAAAUGAUGUCAACACUUGCAUUGACGCAGCGAUGCCCUAUUACGAAAAAAUGUACGCUCUCCGAUUGACAGCAGAGAAGACAGAUUUGGGGCUAUAGGAGGGUGUAUUUCCUCCUCACUGUAAUUGAUUUCUAUGGUACUGUAAAAUAUUCAGUGCCGUUAUUGUUCAGGUAGUUGAUUGACAGAAGUUACAGGUGACAACUGAUUAGUUAGGUCUACUCAGGUUGCUUUUGUAGUGGGUUAGUGGUGUUUGUUGAUCACUAAGAGAUAUAUUUAAUAGUAUGAGAUACGGUAUUGAGUAAAUUAACAUAAGAUUUAUAUUCUAGUGAAGUUGACCCUUAAAAAAAAAACCAUUACAUUCAUUAAACAUUAUGAACAAAAAAAAUACGUAUUAUAAUACAUAGUAAUAAUAAUGGUUCCACUUAGAAAGCGUAUAAUGCACUAGCUUCCAUAUGGUUCAAACUGCCGACAAGUUACGAAAUAAACUUACACAGUCGAAAAAGUGUAGCUUUUGUUAUAUUUCAGUCUCAUCUCGAAUAGAUAAUGUAACGACUUCCCCCAUUCUUGCGGGUAUGCGCUCCUUAAAAUCCAAACAUAUGUUGUUAUAUUACACAUUUAUUGCAUAUUCAUUUCGGCCUUUCAAAACAUCAUAUAUCUCUUUCUGUAACCUAUUUUCCAUAAGCUGUUCUAUGGUCUCCUAGCCAUAUUAAACCACCGUACUGUAUAUUUUGGACUAAUAUUUUAUAACUAAUCUAUAUGGACUGUAUACUACAUUAAAUGAGGCAUUAUGGAGUUUUAAAAUGGACUUUACUAUAAUAGUAUAUCAUUACACAAACAUUUUGCACAGUCAUACAAUUUUUUUUAAUUCCUUUAUUCUGAAUACAAAAUAACAUUCAUUGAUGAAAAGACAAUAAAGUACCAAUAAAAAAGCAAACCUAUUUCCAUUCUGGUUCAAACUAUUAAAUAUACAAUACAAAAUAAAAAACAGCCAUUGAUCUCAAUUUUUUUUACAUGAUUAAAAUAAUAGCUAAGCAUAGGGUGGUGGAGUACAAAUUUUUAAAAUAAAAGAGAAACGGCUUUCUAUGUGAACUUCAAAGUUAGCUUAUUAUUUUUUUUUUCUCUUUUGCGGGUGUCUCCCAAUUUUAUAUUUUGCAACAGAAUAUACAAAAAAGACCACGUCAUUUUCAUUACAUUCAUUACGAAUGCAUAUGUUUUUUUCUAAUUCAAUAUAUUUUCCUUUAUAUUUUAGACUUGUGUUUACACCUAAGCUAGCACAAUUUCCAACCUUAAUAAAAGCCAUUUCAGCAGAUUUUUAAAAUUAAUAUUUACAUUAAAAUAUAAUUUAUACACUUAUAAACGGGGCUGUUACACAGGAUGUAUUCAACAUUUUACCAGAAAUGUGUAUUGUAAACACAAAUUUUAUCAUUAGUUAAAAAAACCCCCCAAGAUAUGUGAUGUUACUUAUUGUCUUCCUUCUUUAUAAUACAUUGUAUUUCACGUAUUAAGCAGAUCAUAAAGAGUAACCAUAACAACGUUUAUUUCAACUUAGCUUUAUAAAUUAUGUUCUUUUAAUUUUAUAUAAUUUCUUACUUUAUCAUGACACUCACAUAGAAAGUGCAUUGCAUUACAUUGAACACUUAAAAGAGGAUCAGCUCAAUCACAAUCAUACCUCUUAAAGGUUAACUUUUAAUACGAUGUGCAUAUAUUAGUUUGUAUAUCAUUUUUUUUUCUAUUUUUAAACAUUUUGCAGAAAAUUUACUUAUACAUAAAACCAGUAAACCAAGAAAUAAAAAUGAGCAGAAAGGGCUUUGCUAACAAUAUGGUGAUCUAUUGUCAAUAUGUACCAUUGAUCAUUUAAAAACCUCAUUUCUGGUUCACAUACAAUGACCUUUAAAAAAAAAACACUAUAUGUACACCGUUCGCCAGCGCGAAGGUCAGAGUGAGAGUCAAAAUAUUAAAAAUAUAUAUAUAUAAAGUGAUUGCAGUUCCUAGUGGUCUGGCGAAUUUCAACUUUUUCUGUCAGAAAUGCCACCUACAAAGUCAAAAAUAAAAACAAUACAUUUUGCAUUGUCUAAGUAUUAGUCAAAAAGUGACUGUAAUUAAAUCGGCUGCACGAUGUACUGUGAUAACGUACACUGUUCUUUUAUUUAUGUUUUUAUUUUGAUUUAUGUCACAAUGUAUGGUUAAUCAAAAAUAAGUCACAGGGAGGAUAUACAUGUGCGUUGAUUCCUAUAACCUUAUUGAAAGGCAUAUAUAAUUUUAUUAUAUUUUGUUUUUCCACGAUUACACUAUAAGAGAAACCCGGAUUUUAAUUGUUAGUUUUUAACUAAUGAUUUAUUAUUUCAUUAUUUUAGAGAAUGCUAUAAAAAAAAGGUCUUCAAUGGUGUAGGUAGGCUAAUUGUAGACUUAGAGGUUAACAUUUACGAACACACUUUGAUACUGUAGGCCUACAUCAAAGAGAAAUUCGAAAAUGACCACCGAGCACUGAGAGACUGAAAAUUAAUACUGAACCGGAAGAAUAGCAACGACAUGAAGGGUAUGUGAAUUUCAAAUCGAACAGCGUUGGAAGUGGAAAAAUAAGUAAAUGAAAAUUUGAGAAGAUAUCUAAAUAAUAAGCGUAAAAUACUGUAUUAAUUGGCAAGUAAAAUGUAAAGUUUGCAGGCCUGUACAUCCAGUAGAUGGGGUGUUGCGAAGGGUAUGCAACUGAGGGUGUGUAUAACGUCCUCAUUUCCAAGACAGUCGGGGAUGUACUGAAUAUAAAUUUGUGAGUUUCUGUUAUUUAAAAAUAAAACCUUAAAUUUGUACAUUUACCAGUAGGCCUAAUUUACUCAGUCUGUCGUGAUUCGGAAAAACGCAAUUUAUCCAUUUUUUGAGAUUCCGGCUUAGGGGCACCCUGUGGAUGUAAUCUAUCAUAGGAAGUGAUCAUAUACUCCAGACAAUUUUUUCGAAAUAUGAUAUUAUUAUGAGAGUUACGCAUUGUAUUCGUCCACCAAGCAUUAUAUCCACUAGGCAUUGAAAUGUUGGCAAUCAACCAAUCAUAGAAGACAAUUAUGCAUAUUUAAUUACUUCCACCGAUGGUGGCGGUACAAUAAUAUUAAGUUUGGUUAUGGUCAGAGUACAAUUAUUGAAAGAAUUGCAUUAUAUUAUUUUUCCUUUAAGAAGAAGUAACGACUUAAAAGUUGUCAUAAGAUGAAUUUUAGAACCAUAUUAUUACCUAAGAUUAUUAGGUUACGGUAAACUUUCCACGUCGGCGCACGCGUGCACUGAAAACUUACGGUAAAUAUUUUUGGAAAUUGGAAUAUGUGUAGAAUGAUAUUGAUAAAUGUAUAGGUGUAAUUUAAAAGUGAUAUUGUUAAAAUAUCAGAAUUCUCCGUACGAUGCUAUUAAGCAUUUAUAGAAUGGACUUCCUAAUGUUGUAAUAAUAUUAGACUGUAAGGCCAUUAACAAACAACAUAAAACAAGAUUUCCACGUCUUUGCAUGCAUAAAACGUAUAAUUUCCUAAAAAUGUAGAUGUAUGAGAUUGACAGUCAAUAAAAAUUCUCUCUACCCAUCUAUGCUAA